GCACGCUUCUCUCCCCGGCUAUUUUUGUCCAUUUUCUCUCUCCUUCCCACCCCUCCCCGCCGUGUUUUCUCUGGCUGCCGUGCGCUAACCUCGAGUGGAGAGGCUGGUACGGGCAAUGCUACAUCUGAUGCUAAUGGGCCUACCUGGAAGAGAAAAUACAUUCAGGAGAGACUCUACUUCAUUGCCUCAUCCUAUGGAGGAAUCACCACUGCCCAUCUACAUUGAGGAGGGGACAGAAGUCCCGAUUGCCAAAAAGGAUUUGAUUGCUCUUGGCAUCAGGCAAAUCUGGACCCAGAAGACCACAGAAAGCAGAAAUAUGGCAACAAAGGAAAAGCUUCAGUGCUUGAAAGAUUUCCACAAGGACAUCCUCAAACCUUCCCCCGGCAAGAGCCCGGGAACACGGCCUGAGGAUGAGGCAGAAGGGAAACCGCCCCAGCGGGAGAAGUGGGCGAGCAAGAUUGACUUUCUGCUGUCCGUGGCAGGUGGAUUUAUUGGUUUAGGCAAUGUCUGGCGGUUUCCGUAUCUCUGCUACAAAAAUGGCGGAGGUGCAUUUCUUAUACCUUAUUUCAUUUUCCUGUUUGGGGGAGGUCUUCCUGUGUUUUUCCUGGAGGUGGUGCUAGGACAGUAUACCUCUGAAGGUGGAAUUACAUGCUGGGAAAAGAUCUGCCCUAUUUUCACUGGAAUUGGUUAUGCUUCCAUAGUGAUUGUGUCCCUUCUGAAUGUGUACUACAUUGUGAUCCUGGCCUGGGGACUCUACUACCUGUUCCAGUCGUUCCAGAGCGUCCUGCCAUGGGCCCACUGCCACCAGAAGUGGAACACGCCAACCUGCGUGGAAGACACUCUCAGGAAGAACAAAACACUUUGGAUAUCACUGAAUGCCACUAACUUCACCUCUCCUGUCACAGAGUUCUGGGAGCGCAAUGUACUGAGCUUGUCCUCGGGAAUUGAAGAUAUUGGUAUUAUCAAGUGGGAUCUAGCACUGUGUCUCCUCCUAGUCUGGGUGAUAUGUUUCUUCUGCAUUUGGAAAGGAGUCAAAUCCACUGGGAAAGUAGUGUACAUCACUGCCACCUUCCCAUUCAUCAUGCUCCUUGUUCUACUCAUCCGUGGCGUGACCCUGCCUGGAGCUGCAGAAGGCAUCAAGUUUUAUCUUUACCCUGAUAUCUCACGGUUAGCUGACCCACAGGUCUGGAUAGAUGCAGGGACACAAAUCUUCUUCUCAUAUGCAAUCUGCUUAGGAGCAAUGACUUCCCUGGGGAGCUACAACAAGUACAAAUACAACUGCUAUAGGGACUGUUUGCUGCUGGGAUGCCUGAACAGUGGUACCAGUUUUGUGUCUGGCUUCGCAAUUUUUUCCGUCCUGGGCUUCAUGGCACAAGAGCAAGGGGUGAACAUUGCUGAUGUGGCAGAGUCAGGUCCAGGCCUGGCCUUCAUUGCCUAUCCAAAAGCUGUGUCCAUGAUGCCACUGCCCACCUUUUGGGCAAUCCUUUUUUUUAUUAUGCUUCUGUUGCUUGGACUGGAUAGCCAGUUUGUUGAAGUUGAAGGACAGAUCACGUCAUUAGUUGAUCUGCACCCAUCCUUCCUAAGGAAGGGUUACCGACGGGAAAUCUUCAUCGCUAUAGUGUGUUUCCUUAGCUAUCUUCUGGGACUAACUAUGGUGACUGAGGGUGGCAUGUAUGUUUUUCAACUCUUUGACUACUAUGCAGCUAGUGGUGUAUGCCUUUUGUGGGUUGCAUUCUUUGAAUGUAUUGCUGUAGCCUGGGUUUAUGGCGCUGAUAAUAUUUAUGAUGCCAUUGAGGAUAUGAUUGGAUACAGACCUGGUCCCUGGAUGAAAUGGAGCUGGAUUGUGAUCACACCAGUUCUUUGCGUGGGGUGCUUUAUCUUUUCUUUGGCCAAGUACAAACCACUGACCUACAACAAGGUCUACACAUACCCAGACUGGGCAAUUGGCCUGGGCUGGGUUCUUGCCCUUUCCUCCAUGAUCUGCAUCCCUAUGGUGAUGGUCAUCCGCAUCAUUCAGUCAGAUGGGUCGCUCAUUGAGAGGAUAAAGGCGGUGGCUGCCCCCAAGGAAGUGAAUCGGUGGUCCAAAGAAACGGAGAGUGGCACCCCCUUCUGCCCCAAUGGAACUUCGAAUGGCGGAUUGAUCAAGCCAACUCAUAUCAUUGUGGAAACCAUGAUACCUUUUCAGUUCACCUGUCACUAGUGAUGAUCUCACUGAAUGAGCAUCUAUUGUAAGGGACUUUACCAGUAGUCUGUAUCUCAGUAUUUAAACAGUAUGAUUUCAUAAAUAGAACUGGGUUUUAUUGUUGUUGUUGUUGUUAUUAUUCUAAUUUUCCUUCUCAUCCAUAGCUUUCCUUUUCAUCUGGUCCAAACAGAUCCGCACACUUAGAAAAGUCCUCUUUUAAAGUUUGAGACAGUAGGUCCACAAUGGAUUUUUUCCUGUGUUGUAAAUGAAAAUACAAAAGUCUGUCAGCUGUAUUUGCCAUCUAGAACAGCGCUGGUGGUCACCCUACAGCAGCACCACAGCUCCUGGAAUUAGGGGCUGGAGGGGAGUUAGGAAUAGUCUGCUGGAACAGCUCAGCAAAACUGAUUUUCGCUGCUAUUCUUGGGGAGAGGAGGAAAUGAGGAAAAUAAAAAAAAAGUGCAGCCUUACAGUUGUUGUAACACCAAAAAAACCCCAAAAAACCAACCCAGCAACCAUCAGCAGAGCCUUUAAUGUCACCGUCAGGACCGCACCUUCUGCAGCUGUUUUCAGUCCUGUGUGCAUCCUCCUUCCUCAGCUGCAGAUGCUCCUGGUUCCUCUUCUUUGUCUCAGCGUUAGAUAAGUCAAGUACAUCUGAAGACACAUGGACAUCUCCAUUCGAUAGAUCUUUUCCAAGUCUCCUCCUGGUCUGUUUUUAUUUGCUAAGGAGACUUACAGUUUCGUUGAGGUUGUGCUUGUCACACUUGGGUUCAAAGCUCCCACUUUUUGCAUCAAUGGCAAACUUCCAUCCAUGGGAGAAGGAUUUGAACAUUUUUGAAUAACUGAUUAUUAGCUUCCACGUCUUGUGGUCACUGCAAGAUCACUCGUGGAGGCAUAAUGUAUAUAAAAUGUUAAAUAAGCUGUGCAUUGAAUGGAGUGGAAAAGUUAGUUCAGCAGCUCAAGUACACUUGGAAGAAAGAUGACCCUGACAUCAUUUCCAAGGAAGUUCAAUGGAAGUUGCUCACUUUCAGUAAAAAGAAUAAAAAUAAAUCUGUGUUUAAGUAGACUAGUAGAUGAAAUCUUCCACCCUCAUAUGCACGCACACAGUGGGGACAUUGCUUCUAUUCCUAGGCUGCAAAUCAUGUGUGUAAGUCUUGCCAAGCUGUUCAGGAUGAGGAUUGAGGAGGUUUAGGCACCACUUGCCUGUAACGAGCCAACCUACCAGCAUGUCCAAAUGGUCUCUCCUAAACGAGGGUGGUGGAAGAAGGAAAGUAAUGACAAAAUCCUGGACCAUGGCCCCUCCAAGGAAGCCUUAAGGUUGGACUUGAAAGCUCUUCUGGCUCCUUGUAGGCAUUACAUGGCUCCUGGCAUAGUAGGUUGGGUGUGGUGUGGGUUCAAGCAGCUGCCUUGGACUUGUUUUCUCCAAAAUCAGCAUCCAAAGCCUUGUGGUUAGGAUUGACAUGUAGUUGUGUAUUUGUAUAUUUGCAUGAGCAAAGGUCAGGAACUGUCAGACCCUGGUAGCUUGUUUUAUUUCUUAUAAUCAAAGGUAAGCUUAAGAAACAAAGUAUUCAGUCGAUUCAGUGACACUUGACACUUAAGAAACCCAUGAACUAAUGCAAAAGAGGCUCCCUGAGCUCCCUAUUUUGGUCACAAAAAUUUUAGUAUGGUAUUAAUGGUCAAUUUGAGUCUAUGGGAAAGAUUGCUCAAGAAAGACUUGAGUAUAACCAGCACCAGCCACUGCUGGAAAACUGCCCUCUCCAGCCCUGCACCCUCCACUGGAUUGUGGCUUUUUUCUGCCAGCAAAAAAUAAAUGUUUAUAUGGACAAUGCUUCUUUGUUAAAAAAAGAAAAAUCUCAAUUUGUUUGUUUCUAUUAAAAAAAUAAAUAGAAAAAGUCACAUUUUUGUGUGGGUUUUUUUUUCCAAUUGUCAGUGGGAAUUGGUGAUUUCAAUUUACCCAUGUCCUAAAACAGGAGCAGAAGUAGCUUCAGACACCAUUUCACCAAAAAAAAGAGGCAGGCUCAAAAUUUUGCUGUUUGAAACCAUUAAGAAAACAAAGCACCCCACUCAUCCCCAUCAAAGGUGGAAAACUUUAGUGACAGGGUUUGUGACUGGAAAAGAGCCUGACCCCGCUGGUAUUGCUGGACUGUUGAAUGUCAGAGCAGACACAGCUGUUGUGUCUUAAUUUGAAAUAAUCAGUAAAAGUGUCAGAAUUUAAUUACCUCAAGCUUUAGGAGUAAAGUAAAUUAAAGAGCAUGUGGAAAGGGGCAAGUUUUUGCAGGCUUGUUCCCCGUGGCGCUGCAGUGCACAGCGGGAUGGUGCUGCUCACUUUCCCAUUGGCAGCACAGGGAAAAUGUGGCCUGACUUGAGAAAUCAGAAGAAAUAAUGGGGAAAAAUCUAAAAAAAAAAAAAAAAAGUGAAACUUGAUUUCUGCUAAGGAGCUGUGCAGGUGCUCUGUGUGUGUGCAUAUGUGGGGGGAGGCUUCAGCCCUGUAUCAGAGUCCCUGUGAGCACGAUACACGCUGUUUCUAACUCUGCCUGCUUCUGCAGUUGAGAUGUUAAAAAGAUUUGAAAUUUUUUUUCAAUAUAUAAAGGAAAAAAUAAAAAAACAGUGGCAAAAUUAUGUUGAGAGGCUGAUAAAAAAAAAAUCCUGAGGGGGCAAGUUGAGUUAGUUUGUCACCUGCUCCUGUCCUGGAAGCCAGCACCAGUCUCUCAGCAUCACAGCAUCCCAGUACUGUUCUGAAGUGCUUGUUGUUCAAUAGGAUGUUGUUUUUCUCCAGUGUAAUGUUGUGAUUGUUACCUGAUAAUGUUGCCAGGGACUUCACAUUGUAAGAGGUGGUCCAUCUUGUUUGAUGUAUUUGGCUAAAAAAAAGUGGUGUUUUUUUUUUUGUUAUUUAAACUCCUAGCAACUGUGACUACAGUAAUGUGAUGAGUAGCACAUACAGCAAGGAGGUAAGGACAACAAUAGCCUCCUUAAAAAUGUCAUCUGAACUUUUUUUAAAAAAAAAAACGUUAAAAAUAUUUUUAAAACAUUUUACAACAUUUUUUGUGUGUUCCAAAAUGGAAUAUUUGUAUUUGAAAAAAAAAAAAAUCCUGGAGUGUAAUUUAAUCCUAAAACCCUCUAACCUUUGUGUAUAUGGUAAAUGUUUGUAUUUUGCAGUUUCUGUUUUGCUUUUUAGAUAAAUAAAAUGUAUAUGGAUAUUUUUAAGUCAUCUUUGCUUUUUUAGAUGAGUUUGUAAUCACCUUAUAACUGAAAAUAAAAUUUUCCUUUAUAAACCA